CACUAUAAAUACUUUCAGUCUGCGUUUAAUAAAAGAAUCGGUCUCUGGAAAAAUUCAUUCGUCUCGGUUAUCAGAACUCGUUACCAUGAAGAUUUUAUUGUACAACUUUCUAUUAUGUGGCUGGUUAUUCUCAAGCCACAUCGAUGGUAAUGUCCGCUAUUAUUCGAGAGGUUCGUCACAAUGGAGAGUAUUGAAUGUUAGUCAACCGACACCGCGUGUUGCCAGUCCAUUAGUGAUCCGGGGAGAGCCUAAUGGUCAAGCUGCCUACGGAGCCCCUCACAGAAUUAUUUUAUCUACACCUGAGCAAUGUGCACGUCCAUGUAUAGCCGGAGCAAGACCAUUGAAUUGUUACUAUCACUUCACGGUAGAGCUUUAUAGGACUCAGGGCGGCGCUUGCCAUCUCUGUCGACCGCGAACCAAUACAUCAUUGACCACCGACUGCCAGUGCAUUGAAGCAGAUGGAGUAGAUAAAGCUGGCCUCCUGGUCAUCAAUAGAAUGUACCCAGGGCCUUCGAUCCAGAUGUGUCUGGGGGAUCUCGCUGUCAUUGAUGUCCACAACAAAGCUGUUGGCACUGGAAUCACUAUUCACUGGCACGGAUUGUAUCAACAAAAUUAUCAGCACUACGAUGGUGUGCCCUUCGUCACCCAGUGCCCCAUAUCACAUGGAACAACAUUUAGAUAUAAAUGGCGUGCACAUAACUGGGGUACACACUUCUAUCACGCCCAUACGGGUAUUCACAAAACUGAUGGUCUUCAAGGGGCUGUCAUAAUUCGACCACCGAUACAGCUGGAUCCAAAUCGAGACCAGUAUGAUGAGGAUAAUUUCGACAACACGAUUUUCAUUAAUGAUUGGUUUCAUGAAUCGGCUGUUGAUCACUGGCCAGGUACUAGCACGCGAAAUGUAGGUCAAGUACCAGCCAAUGUCCUCAUCAAUGGGAAAGGACAGUGGUUUGACCCCAGCAUAAAUCGGUACACCACCUCACCCCUUGCGAUAAUCAAUGUAAAUCCACAUCGUCGUAUCAGAUUUCGCAUGAUCAACAGUCUGAGUUGGACCUGUCCUGUUCGCUUCUCAAUCCAAAAUCAUGACUUAACAAUUCUGAGCACCGAUGGUGAUGAUGUGAAACCAAAAACUGUUACUACGAUUAUUUCUUUCGCGGCCGAACGCUAUGACUUCGUUAUCAACACAAACCAGGAGCCCGGAACUUAUUGGGUACAGGCCCGACUGGUGGGCCCUUGUGCAGCGUUAAAUAUCUCGCAAGUAGCACUAUUACGUUACGUGGGAGCACAGUUCAUGCAACCGAGAAUACAACGUCCGGUUAAUCCUGGAUUGCCAUUAGGAGUGGUCUUCAAUGAGAUAAAUGAAAUUUGUGAAGCCGGGAAUCCCAACUUUGUCUGUAUGAAAGACCUGGAGACAACUGAAACUGUCAACCAACGAAUUCUAGUUCCUAGACCAGAUGUCAGUAUUUUCCUGCCCUACAACUUUUACGUAUUUAGCGAUGAAGAACUUUUUAAACCAAAAAGCUAUCCGCACUUCCAAGUGCCAACGGGUCGUAACGGUUCGGUUGCUAUGAUUUCUGAUAUCAGUAAUGAAUUUUCGGGCUCACCAUUUCUCACGCAAAUUCAAGACAUUCCACGUAGGACAAUUUGCAAUGGAACUAAUAAGCCUAGAGAAUGUCGUCCUGGAAAGCCGUGCUUCUGUUCUCAUGUGGUUGAUAUUCCACUCGGAUCAGUCGUCGACAUCAUCAUGGCCGACAUGGGUCCAAAUGGAUUGCCCCAUCCCUUCCAUGUACAUGGAUAUGGUUGUCAUGUGAUGGCUCAAGGUCUCCUAAAGGAUGUGCCUCUGACAGAAAGAAAUAAAUUUCAAGCCUUAACUCUGCAUCAAAAUCGUUAUCGAAAUAUUCCCACUCAACCGGUUGUUAAAGAUACUUUGCCUACACCAUCAGGUGGAUAUAGUAUUUGCAGAUUUAUAGCCGAUAAUCCAGGAUGGUGGCUGUAUCACUGUCACUUUAUGUCACAUUUACUAGUUGGAAUGGAAUUGACAUUGCACGUAGGAAGACAAUCAGAUAUUCCUCCGGUACCGAGAGGAUUUCCCAAAUGUGGAGACUUCACUCCGAACGUGCGUUAGUCAUAAUUAAUCUUUAUCUUUGUUGUGAUAUUAUUUAUUGCAAUAUUGAGUCUGAAGGGAGGAUGUUAUUGGCAUGAAUCUGGAGAAUAAAUGUCAAGCAAUAUGUAUACCUUUC